AUAUUUCUCCAGUUCUCUAGGGUCUGGACUCUGUUUUCAAGUGUGUUAUUAUCAUUGUUUAGCUCUGGAAUAUUUCCCGCACAGCGCAUUGACUGCGCGGUCACGUGAUGUUUGUUAUUUUUCUCAGCGCCGCUGAAGAUGAUUAAUCACGACAUAUUUAAUAAUUAACAGAGACUGAGGCGGCUCUUCAUUUGUGUUUCAGACACUAAAAUAUUGUGAUGUGUAGUUUAUUGACGCCUCACAGAAGACGAACAGCGUGUGUGUGUGAAAUGCAGCUGCGCGGUCGGGUGUAAAGUCCGUCGUGUCGUUGGUUCGGGUCACUCCGGGUCAGUUUGAGACACACACACCGGCGGAACGAUGCUCCUCUCGGCCGCAGGAGGAUGAAGAGCCCGCUGCUGCUGCUGCUGUGUUCAGUGUCGGGACUCUGCUGCUGGUUUCCUGUUCAGCAUGGCCAUUGUUCAGAGCAGACACACACACACACACUGACCACACGAGCGGUCAGUCACCAGCCAGUGAUUGAUGGCAGCGAUGAGCAGAACAUCUUCAUCAGUGAUGUGGAGUCUCCCUCACGGAUCACAGACAUCGUUCCAGUAUCUUCUGCUCCUCACGUGUGCGGUCCGUCCGAGUGCGUCUCCUGCCGGGAUUGUGCAGCUCCAGACUCCUGCUCUGCUGAAAGCGGCGUCACAGAUGCGUGUGCAGCUGCAUGCGAUGCUGCAGAAACCGUGCGCUACAGGCCUCAGAUCAGCAGUUUUCCAGUGGUUCAGGAGAACGUCAUCGUCCGUGAGACGAGAAAACCCUCUAAAGACCAGACCAGGAACAGGACCAGCGCUUCCCACAUCCUGAAAGAUCAGGACUCCAGUGACCCGUCCGUGCCCUGCAGAGAGCAGGAGAUCCCCACCUUCGACGAGUGGACCAAGAUCAUGCUGGAGGUGGAGAACGAGAAGAGUCAGACCACACACCUUUCUAACGGCCUUCCUGCUGCCGGGAAGAAGCUCCAGCAGACCGUCACCAACUACGCCUCCGUGGAGUGUGGAGCCAAGAUCCUGUCCUCCAACCCCGAGGCCAAGAGCACUUCAGCUAUACUGAUGGAGAACAUGGACAUGUACAUGCUGAACCCCUGCAAUAACAAGAUCUGGUUCAUCGUGGAGCUCUGUCAGCCCAUUCAGGUCAAGCAGCUGGACAUCGCCAACUUUGAGAUCUUUUCCUCAAACCCCAAAGACUUCCUGGUCUCCAUCAGUGACCGAUAUCCAAACAAAAAGUGGGUGAAGCUCGGGACGUUUCAUGCAAGAGAUGAACGGAUGGUGCAGAGCUUUCCUCUGGAUGAGCAUCUGUUUGCCAAAUACAUCAAGAUAUUCACCAAGUACAUUAAGGUGGAGCUGCUGUCACACUUCGGCUCGGAGCAUUUCUGUCCUCUCAGUCUGAUCAGGGUUUUUGGCACUAGUAUGAUGGAGGAGUAUGAGAUGAACUCAUCAGACAGACAGACGCACACUCAAGAUGAGCAUGAUAACGAUCAGCCUCCUGAUUUCGUGCCAGUAGAUGAGAAAUCCUCCAAAAACCUGAUCGGAUCUGCCAGAGAUGCUCUUCUCACGAUGGUGAACCACAUCGCUGCCAGUGUGCUGGGUGCCCCUCCGGACACCACCGCAGGAGCAGGAAGCUCUUCCACUGAAGGGAUAAACACCACAGAAGAGGUUUUCCCAGCUGGAUCGAUCCACUCCGGCUUCAGUAAGGACCUGACGGUGACCGUGGAUCCGCUUGAUGUGGUCAGGGUCACAGAAACCUCCAGCGUUACUGAAGCGACACGCGCCCCGUCCCUCACUGAUGCCGAGCACUCAUACACACAAACCAGGUCUGAUGAAGAGCAGAUCGUCACUCUUCUGCUCGACGCGGAGGAUGAACCGGAUCGGUCCUCUGGGAGAACCCCAGACGUGUCUGAAGCAGAUCAGCUGAAUGUAAACACAGUGUCCUCUGGAUCAUACAGAGACCGGCUCCAGGAGCACCUUCUGCAGUGCUGCUCCUCUCCAGACUUCAUCCAGAAGAGGAAGCCGAACUCACGAUCUCCCGCUGCUCCAGCCGUCGUGACCCCGUCUACACCCACAGACUCUGAGCAGCCGGACAGUCCUGUCCUCCACACCCGAGUCCUGCUGGACACAGAGGAGCUCGCUCCCAGUCUGACCUCAGAUCUGCUCAGGCUGGUGUCCGCUGACUCUCUGUCCUCCAGAGCGACGCUGCCCAUUGAGCUGAUGUGUCCGUCUGCCUCCGAGUGCCUUACAGCUCCUCAGCAGAGCACUGAUGGUGUGAGAGAGUCCAGCCAGAAGCCCGUUCCUCAGACGCUGUCGGACGUCCUGACCACGUCUGCUGCACACAGAGAUCAGGCGUCUGUCUCAUCACAGCAAGACAGCCUUGUAAAUGAGAUCUCAACUCCUGCUGUCUCCAUGAACACAGCAGACGAGUCUCCGCUCUCUUCCGUGUCCGCUCUUGUGGAUGAACCAGCGGUCAGCGGUGAUUCAGACCGGUCAGCAGGGUCCAAAAGCAAGGAACACUUCUAUGAUGAGAGCAACGCUCAUAUUGAGCAGAUCUACAUGGAAGCGCAGAACUCCAGCGACGCGGCCGCACACGGCUCCAGUCAGAAAGAGUCUGUUUUCAUGAGGCUCAACAAUCGCAUCAAAGUGCUGGAGAUGAACAUGUCGCUCAGCGGACGCUACCUGGAGCAGCUGAGCCAGAGAUAUAGAAAGCAGGUGGAGGAGAUGCAGAAAGCCUUUAACAAAACCAUCCUCAAGCUUCAGAACACCUCCAGAAUGGCUGAGGAGCAGGAUCAGAGACAGACGGACUCCAUCCAGGCUCUGCAGGCUCAGCUGGAGAACAUGACGCAGCUCGUCCUCAGUCUGUCGGUCAGCGUGAGUCGACUGCAGCACCAGGUGUCUGACAGGCAGAGCUACAUCCUGCUGUGUCAGCUUCUCUGUGUUCUUCUGGGGCUGCUGAUCUGUGUGAGCUACCGUCAGAUAUCAGAGAGUCCUGCGGUCGAUACACAGAGAUCCUGCGGUCCGGACAGAGAUCCGUCUGAUGAUGAACAUGUGCUGCUGAGACGCAGAGCCUCUGAUCCGCCGUCUCUCUCGUCCCUGCAGACGCCUGACGGCUCAGGAGAAAACAGCCUGAAGCAGUGGGAAGAUUUUCAAGUUAGUAGAAAAAAGAAGCACAAAGUGAAGCUCAGCACAGGUCCAGAGAUGCUGGCCGCUCCAUCGCUCGCUGACAGGAUUCCCCAGUCCACCAUCGGUCCUCUGGGUUUGGAGACGGGCCCUGGUCCGGACGGCAGAGAUGUGAUGUCUGACGGCAGCUCUGAGGGCUCCACGCAGGCCGAUGACACUCUGUUCUGUGGAAUCUCCACAUGUGCUCGUCUGUGUGAGGUGUUACCAGCUCCGAAACACUGGACGCAGAGCAGAUCCCAGCAUCAGCACAGCUCCAGACGCUCCCAUCAUCACCAGCAGCAUCCGCAGCGCAGCGGCCCGCCGCCGGGGCCAGGACCCGCACACAACCGCCUCUGAGAGGCUGAGGACUGA